UAAAAAAACUGUACCAAACUUGUCUUGAAGGCGUUAAUGCAGAUUAUAAUGGUGAUAAAAACAAAUUGGAUUAAAUAUGAAUGAAAAGAUUGUUGAAAUUAUUACAAUAAUGCAUUACACAGUUUCUGUAAAGUAUAAUGAAGAAAAUACUAAUAAUAGAUGCACUUCCCAAUUCCAGAGCCUUCUAAUCGGCGAUGUGUUUAUUUUGCUAAUUGCUUUACGUCGAAACAAUAUUCAUAAGCAGUUACUAUGGCAACAUAUUUUAAAUAUACUCAGCAAUGCAUUCAUGUUUAUAUUAUGUAUUCAAAACUUUGUUGGUGCACGGUCCCAUGGUAAUUCAAAGUCAAGAAGCUCGCGGGGGAAAACUUUCGCUCGCAAAUCGAGCCAGCAGCCUCAUCUUCUUGGUAAUUACUCUACAAGACGAAGACAAGAUUGGUGGAACAGGAUUUUUAAAUUAAUUUCACGGGUUAUUACUUGUCGCUCGCCUAAUCUCCGUGAAUUCCGUCUAGCGUGUGGAUUGAGGUUGGCAUUGACUCAGGCGACGAGAACUUAUCUUAAACUUCGAGAACUUGUUUACACUUUUUAGCAAAACGCCGGUCGUGUUUGUACCGGUUGGUACGAAUUAAAUUCGUCAUUGGAGUAUAGUUUUUCCAUUGGCACGCUUUUAAAGCCAUGACUUGUGCGAAUUGCACGGGCUGUGUACCUUUGGUGUACGAUAAGUGCUCAAAGCAAGCCCUGGGGACCCUCUUUCUAUCCUUCCUUGAUGAAUCCAGCUGGAAUCAAGGCCUCAGAACGUUCAUCUACCUUAUAGCGCUGUUAUGGUGUUUCAUGGGGGUCGCUAUCGUCUCAGAUAUAUUCAUGUGUGCUAUUGAAACCAUCACAAGUAAAACCAAGAAGGUAAAAAUAGCCAAGCAAAACAGCUCGGAAAUUAUAGAAGUGGAGGUCCGUGUAUGGAAUGAGACGGUUGCUAACUUGACUCUUAUGGCGCUGGGUUCCUCCGCGCCUGAAAUUCUGCUCUCUAUCAUCGAAAUUACCAUUAUGAAUGGAUUCGAGGCCGGCGCGCUGGGCCCGAGCACUAUUGUAGGGUCAGCAGCGUUUAACCUUCUCUGCAUCACCGCCGUAUGUGUGAUGGCUGUGCCGAAGUUCGAGACCCGACGUAUAAAAUCCAUGAACGUGUUCGCAGUGACGGCCAUCACGUCCCUUCUGGCUUAUAUCUGGUUAUUCAUCAUUCUCUCCGUUAACACGAAGGACGUGGUGGAGCUCUGGGAGGCGAUCCUGACUUUCUUGUUCUUCCCCAUUCUUGUUAUUAUCGCGUACAUCAUGGAUAAGAACUACUGCUGUCCCGGGAGGGUUGAGCCUGAAGGAAUGCUGGAGUUGGAGGAGGGAGACAAAAAGUUCCACCUUUCGACAGAAGACCCAGAAGUAGAGGGAUUUAUUAAGGAAGUGAGCCAGAUUCCGGAUAUUACUGAAGAUGACACAGCUAAGCUGGUGGCAGCUCACAUCAAAGCCAAGCAACCAAAGAAUUAUGGGUACUACCGAGUUGGUGCAAUACGAAAUAUCGGCGGCGGUCACAAACUGAAGCCUAAAAUGGACCCAAGACUUAACAUGAUCUAUGAAGAGUUGUCUGAAGUUGGUUUUUCUACCUCUGGCGCAUCAACUAUCCUACACGGGAAGAAAGAUGCGAUCAAACCUGCUGUCAUUGAGUUCGCGACGACAAAGUGUGCAGUAAUGGAGAAUGACAAACUAGUCAAGAUCGGUGUCAUGAGGUCUGGAAAUCUGAACGUUAGCGCCUCCGUUAACUUCGAGACGAUUGACGGCACGGCCGAGUCUGGCUCUGACUAUGUUGCCAAGAAAGACGUGAUGGUAUUUAAGCCAGGAGAGACACUCAAGCACUUGGACAUUGAGAUUAUCGACGACAAUGAGUGGGAGGAGAACGAGAUCUUCUUUGUCAAGUUGGCUCCUUACGACAUGAAGGACGCAGGGACUGUGGUCGGCAAGCAGAGCAUCACAGAGAUCACAAUCAUCAACGAUGAUGAACCUGGAGUGCUAUCCUUGCAAAAACCUAGCUUUGUGAUCAAGGAGAGCAUAGGGAAAGCGAACUUCCUGGUGGAACGGACAGGUGGUACUGAUGGCACCAUAAAGGUGACCUGGAAAACAACAGACCAGUCAGCCAUCAAUGGGAAGGACUACCAUGGGGGAAUAGGGGAGCUGGUCUUUGAACACGGGGAACAGAUGAAAGACAUCACGAUAGAAAUAAUGGAUGACAAGGCAUUUGAAAAAGACGAGUGUUUCCUCCUUGAGAUUAUGGAUCCCACUGGUGGAGCAACGCUUGGCAAGAUCACGCGAUCAGUCGUCACUAUCGUCAAUGACGACGAGUACAAGCGUCUGUUUGACCGUGUUGUCGCCCUCACCCAUCUCAACCUGGACAGACUAGAGCUUGGCUCCUCAUCCUGGGGACAGCAGUUUCGUGACGCCCUGUCUGUCAAUGGUGGUGAUAUUGAGAACGCGACCACCAUGGACUACAUCAUGCACUUCUUAACACUUGCCUGGAAGGUAAUCUUUGCAGCUGUCCCCCCCUGCACCUGGGCAGGUGGAUGGGUGACCUUCUCUGUCGCACUUUGCUUCAUUGGUAUCCUGACAGCAAUAGUGGGUGACCUAGCUACCAUAUUUGGAUGUCUAGUUGGCCUGAAGAAUGAAGUGACUGCUUUCACAUUUGUGGCCCUGGGUACCAGUCUCCCUGAUCUGUUUGCUAGCAAAGCGGCAGCCAUAAACGAGAAGUACGCAGAUGCGUGUAUUGGGAAUGUGACGGGGAGUAACUCAGUCAAUGUGUUUCUGGGCCUUGGCACACCGUGGGUUAUUGCGACAAUAUACCACAAGAUUGUCAAUCCCAACAAGCCGUUUGCUGUCAAUGCGGGAUCCCUGGUGACUAGUGUGGUGACAUAUACUGUGUGCGCCAUUCUGUGCCUUGGGGUGAUUCUCCUGCGUCGCUAUGUCAAGCCCCUGGGUGGGGCGGAGCUUGGCGGGCCAUCUUGGAGCAAGUUUUCUACAGGGGUGUUCUUUAUCUGCCUUUGGAUUAUUUACGUUUUGAUAUCUGCUUUAGUGGCUUAUGGUCAUGUGACCUUUUAGACACCAUACAUGGCCUGCUAGACACCAUAUCACAUGGCCUGCUAGACACCAUAUCACAUGGCCUGCUAGACACCAUAUCACAUGGCCUGCUAGACACCAUAUCACAUGGCCUGCUAGACACUAUAUCACAUGGCCUGCUAAACGCCAUAUCACACGGCCUGCUAGACACCAUAUCACAUGGCCUGCUAGACACCAUAUCACAUGGCCUACUAGACACCAUAUCACAUGGCCUGCUAGACACCAUAUCACAUGGCCUGCUAGACACUAUAUCACAUGGCCUGCUAAACACCAUAUCACACGGCCUGCUAGACACCAUAUCACAUGGCCUGCUAGACACCAUAUCACAUGGCCUGCUAGACACCAUAUCACAUGGUCUAUUAGACACCAUAUCACAUGGCCUGCUAGACAACAUAUCACAUGGCCUAUUAGACACCAUAUCACACGGCCUGUUAGACACUAUAUCACAUGGCCUGCUAGACAUCAUAUCACAUUGCCUGUUAGACACUAUAUCACAUGGCCUGCUAGACAUCAUAUCACAUUGCCUGCUAGACACUAUAUCACAUGGCCUGCUAGACACCAUAUCACAUGGCCUGCUAGACACCAUAUCACAUGGCCUGUUAGACACCAUAUCACAUGGCCUGCUUGACAUCAUAUCACAUGGCCUGCUAGACACCAUAUCACAUGGCCUGCUAGACACCAUAUCACAUGGCCUGUUAGACACCAUAUCACAUGGCCUGUUAGACACUAUAUCACAUGGCCUGCUAGACAUCAUAUCACAUUGCCUGCUAGACACCAUAUCACAUGGCCUGCUAGACACCAUAUCACAUGGCCUGCUAGACACCUUAUCACAUGGCUUGCUAGACACCAUAUCACAUGGCCUGCUAGACAUCAUAUCACAUGGCCUGCUAGACACCAUAUCACAUGGCCUGCUUGACACCAUAUCACAUGGCCUGCUAGACACCAUAUCACAUGGCCUGUUAGACACCAUAUCACAUGGCCUGCUAGACACUAUAUCACAUGGCCUGCUAGACACCAUAUCACAUGGCCUGCUAGACACCAUAUCACAUGGCCUGCUAGAUAUCAUAUCACAUUGCCUGCUAGACAUCAUAUCACAUGGCCUGCUAGACACCAUAUCACACGGCCUGCUAGACACCAUAUCACACGGCCUGCUAGACACCAUAUCACAUUGCCUGCUAGACAUCAUAUCACAUGGCCUGCUAGACACCAUAUCACACGGCCUGCUAGACACCAUAUCACACGGCCUGCUAGACACCAUAUCACAUGGCCUGCUAGACACCAUAUCACAUGGCCUGCUAGACACCAUAUCACAUGGCCUGUUAGACACCAUAUCACACGGCCUGCUAGACACCAUAUCACAUGGCCUGCUUGACACCAUAUCACAUGGCCUGCUAGACAUCAUAUCACAUGGCCUGCUAGACACCAUAUGACAUGGCCUGCUAGACACUAUAUCACAUGGCCUGUUAGACACCAUAUCACAUGGCCUGUUAGACACCAUAUCACAUCGCCUGUUAGACACCAUAUCACAUCGCCUGCUAGACACCAUAUCACAUGGCCUGCUUGACACCAUAUCACAUGGCCUGCUAGACACCAUAUCACAUGGCCUGCUAGACACCAUAUCACAUGGCCUGCUAGACACCAUAUCACAUGGCCUGCUAGACACCAUAUCACAUGGCCUUUUAGUCAGUGGAUUAUUCAACAAUGAACCAUGCAACCUUUGAAUCUCAUCACUGGUUUUACUAAUUCAACUAUGGGCCAUGCCAUCAAUUGAAGAUAAAGCAAUGUAUAGUUUUCUUAGAAUUAGUUCCUAGAAAAGGAUGGAUGUUGUCGAGCCUUAUCAAAGUUCCUGUUGUGACUUGCAUGAAACAAUGUGACACACAUUGUUCUACCUAGAAAACCUAUGAAAACGAGAUUCGUGGAUAUUUAGGAGCUAAAUUAUAAAAUUUAGAAUGUUCAAUAUUCACAAUGGAACAAGAAUAUCAUGAAAGUUGGACCAGGAACUUUUUAGCGCAAGGUCCGGCUGCAGGCUGGGGUAACAUAGUGUAAUAUAGCACUUUUAAUGACACACUGUGUAGAUGUACGCUUAUUCUACAGUACAUUAAGCACUGUGUUAUUUUCAUAUUCUUAAAGGAAUUCAAAACCUGAAAAAACAUCCUUGAAACUCCUUGAAAGCAGUUGGAAGUGAAGCAAGAAUAUUUCAGGCCAAAGGAUCUGUUUGUUUUUUUUGGAGCAUGAACUUCUAAUAGCUAUAGACAAGCCAUGAUGAGUUCUGUUAAGGGAAGUCAACUACAGCAGUCCUUCUCUUUGAAUAAUAACUUUUUACCUGUUCUUUAAUCAUACCCUCUCUUAUUAUGAGUUGAUACAUUAAGCCAAGGGGGGGAUAAUUAAUUUAAAUAAAUUCUGAUGACUUGUAUAUAAUAUAUUUUAAGGCCAGAGGACACAAUGACAAUGGAAAGAGUUUGAGCAUAAAAAACUUUUUUUUUAUUAACAGUAUGAGCGGUAAGUUUAAGUUUGAUUUUCUAGUCAAAGGUGGUUGAUUCAACCUGAAUCUCAGAUUUUGCAGUAAUUUAUGGCUUCUCACGAGAAACUUGUCACAAUCUCUGAAAUCAAGUCUAUGGAUGCACCAUGUUUUGUUAUCAAACUCCCCCUGGCUAAGCUGAGUCUGUGACUCUUUCACACACCCCCAGGAUGUGAGUUAAUACAUGGAAUGCCGGGGGGGCAAAGCUUUUGCAACACCCUUAAGCCAUAGGCUUAUUAAGGAAAACUGGGUUAUUUUUGUGGCUCAACACAAGGAUAUACUAUCAAAGACAGGAUUGUAAAUGAUAUGUAGUUCAUUUUGCCACAGUAUAUUUAUUCCUUUUGCUGAUAAGAUUCCACUAAGGAAAUAAUUGUGUACAUUGUAUGUACGAAUACAUAGAGCUAUUAUCAAUGGAUUAUAAUUAUGUAGGUGCACUUAAUUUAACACAUAAAAGAUAUCGAUUAAAUCACUAGAACACAUCUCACUGUAUGAAGUAGGAUCUACUUUUGGUAAAAAGCUUAUUAUUACAAAAUAAACUAGAGAGCUGUA